AUUUCUGUAUCUCCACCUUCAAUUUUACUAGUGGAGUUUUUGAUAGCUGCCAGAGUGGAUCUAGGUGGAUGUGAUGCCUUUAAAGCUCAAGGCAUUAUUUAUAUAUACUUCAAAGUGGCAUGUAUCAACUUAAGGAAUGAUUUUGCUAGAACCAAGAUCACUCAACAAGGUUCAGUGCAAAUUUCAGCUGGAUGGCACACUUUGUCUUUGUUAGUUCAGGGUUCAAGUGCACUUGGAGCUCUGGAUGGAGUUAUAUUAUUCAAUGCAACUAUUCCCACCUCUCCAGUAUCUGGCUUAGCAGCUAUUGGCACAGACAGCUAUGGCUUGGCUAAUUUUCAUAAUCUUGUAUUAGAUUCAGUGACAAGUGGCUUGAAGAUUAUGCAAUGCUUGUAAAAUAGUAACAUAAUUAGUAUAGCUUAAUUUAUUUCUAUCAAAGUCUCACUUUUAAAUCUUUGUACAGUCACUGCCAAGCUCUACAAUUUUUUUAUGGAAAUUGAUUAGGUUUUAUAAAAUUCUAAAUAUUGACUGGUUAAAAUUUUGAAUACUUUUUUACAGCCCAACACAAUUAAAUAGCAAUUGAGAUCUCACCUACAUCUUAACACCUAACUUAACUUAGGCCUGUAAGAAUUAAAGCUAACAUGAAUGAAUAUCUGGGAGAGAAGUAAUGUGACACAUGAAAAUUGUAUGUUGAUUUUCUUAUGAUGGUUUUGUCAAUACUUUAAAAAUAUUUAACAAUUUAUUCUUAUGAAAUCUAAUACAACUAGGUUUGGCUGUAGUUAGUUUUGUUAAAAGGUAUUAAGAACAUUCCAUUCUGUAUAUAUUAAACGUUUUUCUAAUGUAAUUGCAUUCAGUGAUUAUCAAUAUUUAAACAUAUAUACUAGUGUUUUGUAAUCAGUGAUUUUCAUUUUCUGGUAUCAGUUUGUUCCCAUUUAGAUUGCAAUCUUUCCAAAUGUGAAAACAAGGUGUCUGCAUAAUCUUUGAGGCCAUUUUUAAAAUCACUUAAAUUUAUUUAUUUGUUUCUAUUUAAUAAUUUGAUUGCCGGGGAACAAAAGAUUAUUUGUGUUGUUUGUCUUUACUAUUGGUGUCUUGUAUCUCUUUUGUGAUGGUAAAGUCACAAAAUGUAGGAAACAUCACUGUGUUUGGUCCAGUGUUCCUAUAUGCAAGUCUAUUGUAUUUUCUAUAUUAUUUUACAAUUGUAAAAAAAAUUAAUAAAAUUGUUGCACUGUU